UGUGAGAGACCCCCCCAUGGGUCCUGGGGGAAGAGAAUUUGGACCAGGGGUGUUCAGAGAAAGAGAGAGGGAUAGAGAGAGGGAGAGGGAGGGAGAGAGGGAUGUAGGAGGAAGGGAGUUUCCUUUACUGAAUCGUAAUGAGAAUCAGAACAGGGAGUUUGGACCCACUGGUGCUGGGGGAGGAAGGGGGCACCCCAGAGACAAAGAGGGGGGGCGGUGGGGGCGAGUUUGGGGGCCAGAUGAGAGAGGUGGGGGCAAUGGUAACCCCAAUAAUAACCCCCUCCCCUAGGAAACCCCUCAAGCUCGACCAGUGGGUUACCUGCAGCCCCCAUGCUAAACCGCGACCCCCUUCCUCACCCCAAAACAACCCCAGCCACCCUACCCUACCCCCCACCCACAUCCUCAAAGCGCCUCCAAACGAGACUACCCCCAUCGAUGGACCAGGCACAGACAAGGCACAGUCCCCCUCUGGACCAGAACACUUCCAUAGAGAGUACCCUCCUGGGGCCAAGGACUAUCCCCCUGGUGGCCCACCCUCCACCGGCCCGGCCCGUGAGUACCCCAGCCCUCCCGGAAUGACUCCAAACCUGGGCCGAGACUACCCAGGUGGACCUCAGAUCCCCCACCUGCCCCACCCCCACUUUCCAGCCCAGCAGCCCAGAGACAGGGACCGAGAGAGGGACACCAACCAGCGAGAGUCGUCUCUCUACCAAAACCGUGGCGGUCCCCCCCAACCCCCGUCCCUUUCUCCCUCUUCUUCCUCCUCCACUCCUCAUGGACACCCUCCGAAUGCUCCUUACCCUCCUCCGCCACCUCCUCCCCCUCUUCCCCCUCCCCAAACCUCCCUUGCUCAGCCCCAACCCCCCUCCGGCCUGGGACCCAAUCACGUUCGUCCGGCAAAUUAUUCUUCCUCCAAUCAGACUCCUGCAACACCCCUCUCUCCUUUACUAAGCCCCUCGACCAAUCAGAUGGGAGGGUUUCCUUCCUACCCGCCAGGCUCCUCCUCCGGGGCCAACAUGUCACUUCCUGGUUCAGGUGUGUCACCUGGCUGUCGGCCCUCACCCUUCCACAGCACUUUGAACAGCCACGCCCCCUUCAGCGGCCCCUACCACUCCAAUGGGAACAGUGGGAACAACCUGGUCCCGACUAACAGCAAUAGUAACAGUAGCAGUGGCAGCAGCCAUACCAACUCUCUCUCUCAGUCCCUCUCACCUCAAAACGCCUCAAAAGGACCCCUACCUCUUAGUAACCCCGGCAACAACAAUGGCACUUCGGCCCCUGGCUGUAGCUCCUCACUUCCUAGAGAUGGGCAUUCUGAUUCGUCCACAGGUCCACCUCCCCCACCUGUCAUCAAGGAGGAACCAAUAGAGGAGAGGGAGGAGAGUGAAAGCCCACCUCCUGUUUUGAGAAGCCCCUCCCCUGAGCCCAAGCCGGUGGACAUUCCGAUCCACGCCAGCCAAUCAGCACGGUUCCACAGGGUUCUAGAUCGGGGCAGUGGAAACUCCUGCGCCCGCAGCGACGUUCUCUUUGUCCCCCUAGACGGCUCCAAACUGUGGAAGAAGAGGAACGAGGUGAUCGAGAGGGCCCGGAGAGAGGUGGAGCAGAGGGCCAGAGACCUGAGGGAGAAAGAGCGGGAACGAGAGAGGGAGAGAGAGAGGGAGCGGGACCUGGAGAGGCAUCUACAACAACAGAAGGACAAUAACAAUGCAAAUAUACAACGCCAGGGAUCCUCUCUCUUCUUCCCCUCCUCUUCCUCCAUCCUCCUCGACCCUAACUCUUCUUCAAACCCUGGGUCUCACCCUCAACCUCACCCCCAGCAGCACCACUCCCACCCUCACCCCCACGCUCACCUCCACCACUCCCACCUCCACCCCUCCCUCUCUCAACACAUCCCACACUCCCUCCUCAUGCAGUCAAUGGGGGGUUCAACGGUGGUUGGCCCACAGGGGGCUCUGGGGAUCGGGUUAGGAGGGCCGUACCUGGGCCCUGACACCCCCGCACUGCGGACCCUGAGCGAGUACGCCCGGCCCCACGCCAUGUCCCCCCUCGGGGCUAGUCGCCAACACCAACACCCACAUGUCCACCAUCAUGGCCACCCUCAUGGCCACCCCCAUGUCCACCCCUCCUUCUUCCUCCCCCAGUUCCAGAACCAUGCUCUGGCCCACCCACAUCACAUGCCUGCUGAUGCAGCCACAGCGGCAGCCAUCUUGGGUUUCCUCUAUGGGGGCAGUAUGGAGGGAGGGCCAGGGGGGCAUGGGGGGAUGGGGUUUCCCCAUGCAGUGGCAGCCCACCGUGAGCGCAUGAAGCCGGGGUUUGAGUUUAAGAGUGAGGACAGGGUGUACCAGCCGGGCUCCUUGGGAGAUCCUACGGCUCUCGCCCUCGCCCACUCCCACUCGCAUGCCCACGCACACGCUCAUGCACAUGCUCACUCCCUACUGCUGGGGGGAGGGGGUGGAGGUGAGGUGUCCAUUUACGGCACCCCCUCUCCCCAGGCUCCUCCACCCCCUCCACCGCCCCUCCAGAACCCAGCGUUAGCCCCAGUGAGUCGCCUCCCUAACCCUCCUCCCGCCCCUCAGUCCCUCUCCAACCCUACCCCCUUCUCCCUGCUUCCUCCCUCACUCCCCUCUCACCCUGCACCUGCACCAGCCCCUCCACCCCCAGUGCCCGUAGCUGCACCUCUGCCCGCUCCUCCUCCACCCUCCUCUAACCCUGUUUCAUCCCUCCAUCACCCAGCACCACACUCCUUUCCCAGCUCCCUCCCCCCAUCUCACCCCCCCCCCCCCCCGGCCCCGGUGACCGCCCCUCCCGAGACCUACCCCCCUCUCACUCGCUCCCCCACCACAUCUGAGAGAGAGAGGAGUGGAGAGAGGGAGAGAGAAAGAGAGCGAGACAGAGCGGGGCUGCCAGCCGGUGGAGAGAGGGGACGAGAGAGGGAGAGGGAGCGAGAGAGAGAAAGAGAAAGAGGGGGAAGCAAUGGAAGUGGAGGAAGUGGUGGAAGUGGAGGAGGAGGAACAGGAGGAGGAGAGAUUCCGGGGCGUCUUCAGAUGUUGAACGUCACGCCUCAUCAUCACCAGCACUCACACAUCCACUCCCACCUGCACCUGCACCAGCAAGACACAGCGGCGGGCGGGGUGCACCCCCUGAUGGACCCGUUGGCGUCGGGGUCUCCCCUGGCCCGCCUGCCUUACCCAGGGGCAGCGCUGGGCACCCCCAUCCUGGCACACCCCCUCACUGAAAGCGAGGUGCUGCGACAACAACUCUUCGGAGCUCCGUUCCGUGAGCUGCCCCAGCCCUCCUCUCUGACAGGUUCCAUGUCAGCGGCCCACCAGCUUCAGGCCAUGCAGCAGGCCCAGAGCGCAGAGCUGCAGAUCCAGAGACUGGCCCUGGAACAGCAGUGGAUCCACCACCACCACCACCACUCACUCACCCAGGACGAGUACUACAGCCACUUAAAGAAGGAAAGCGACAAGACCCUGUAAGGGAGGAAACAGAGAGGGGGAACAAGCCCACGGAAGACAAACCCAAAGGAGGAAGAAAGGAGAGAAAUAUCUGCAAAGGAAGAAGAAAACAACAAAACAGAAGCACUAAGAACAAUGAAGGAAGCAUCAAACCAUAGGAGCCUGAGGAGAAAUGAACUGAUUGCAAAACCAGAUGAAAAAAGGGAGAGAGGGAUGAGAGGAGUGAAAACGUUGCUCACAGUCUGUGUUGUCUGUACUAUACCAUAGCCCCAGACUCUGGGCGCAUCACAGCGUAUGUUGUUCAACUCCAGUUUUGUAUUGUGCCCUGUACAGUAUACUAGGUGGGAGCAGCAAUAUAAUGCAGUACAGUCUGGUGUAAAUGACCUUAUGCCAGGAAGAAUGUGUACAUGAGGCUCUCUUUUAUGUCAUUGCAUGUAGCUCGGCGCUUAUUCUGAACUGGUUGAACUCCUGGUUCUAUUUUUAGUAAUCGCCCUCUUUCCUAACGGGUGGGUGGUGUAUGAGUAUGCAUGAGACCAGCGAUUAAUGAGUGUCAUAUUAUGUUAACGAUUAGUUGUAUUGUUAUUAUUAUUCAUGUCUGUUUGUUGAUAAUUCUAUAAUUCUAUAUACAUAUUAUUUGUAUUGUUAUUUUAUUACAUUUUCAUGGUAUGGCGGUUUCUUUCGUUUUUUUAUUGUGAAAUGAGAUGCAAAUGAAGGAAAAAGACAGAAGAUAAACUACAUCAUUUUUGGGGGGAAAUA